AUGAGUGACGCUUACGAACGCGAGCAACAGAAUAAUGCGUUGCUGAGCGGCCUUUCGUCAAAGGUUUCUGCCCUCCGAUCCGUCACCAUUGAUAUCCAUGACCACGCACGGGAUCAUGACACGAUCGACCACUCGAACGAGGUGUUCUCGUCCUUUUCAUCCAACUUGAAAGGCAGCGCCACCCGCUUGACACGAAUGGCCAAACAAGGUGACACCGUCGCGGUGCUGAAGGUUGCCGGUAUCUGCAUCGGAGUCGUCCUCUUUUUCUACAUUUUGAUCGGAUGGAUCUUUUGA